CCUUUCGACUUAUGGUAAUAUGCACUGCUGUACCAAACGCGCAUCGGACGUCCCACUGGUUUCAGGUUCAACUGGAUGUCUGCUGCUGGUGACAACUUCGGCACGAGGGCUGCAGAGUGAGGAGAACCCGAUCAGGAGGCUCAGGGCAGCAGGCAGAGCUGAGGACAUCAGAGAGGAGGUUCCCCGUCCCAACCAGCAGCACCACCAGCGGCACCAUGAUCGACCUGAGCUUCCUGACCGAGGAGGAGCACGAAACCAUCCUCCGUGUCCUGCAGCGGGACGCCCAGCUCAAGAUGGCCGAGGAGAAGCGCAUCAAGAGCCUCCAACGCUCGGUGAAAGACAGGGGCCUGCUGAAGUACCUGAGCGGGGAGUGGUUCUACGAGAGAAAGCUGCUGCGCCAUCGGGACCGCAUCCACGGCUGUGACAUCAUCCGGGCCUCCAUAAGGCAUAAGCACAAACCCGUCACCCUGCUGGAGCUGUCACAGAUGAUCCCUGAGAAACCAAGCUUUGUAGCCAGUGUUAACCAGGAGGUGUACAUUCCCCCUGAGCUCUGUGGUCUCAUCCCUGAGGACCCUCAGAACAGAAGAAAUGAAAACUGGAUUUCAUUUGGUUCUUCAAAAGAGACACCCAAAUCGAAUAUACAGUCCCCGACAAAGCUAAGAAAGAACCCUUUCAACCAGGAGGCCCCUGCCCACACUAAGCCCCCAGAAGUGACUAGGGACCCAGCGAGUACAAACAACGAGCAAGCGGUGGACAAACCCCUCGACCCCACGCCUGCACGUCAUGAGGAGCCUUUAUCCUCGGCUGAAUUUCCCCUAUCUCAUUCUACUAACCCAAACCAAGAGCCCCUUGAAUGUAUCCCAGAAGAGGACACCAACACGUCCAGCCCCUUCCCCCUGUACAGAAGGACAUCACUCUUUUACUUAUCGCAGGACGGUGCUAGUCAGGCUCACUAUCCAACCCCUAGGGGCAUCCUUAAGGUCAUGUCCGACCAGGGCUCCACAGACUCUCUCGUAAACACCGGCGCAGUCCCCCAGAGCUCCCCAGACCGGAGCUCUGCUGCCGAGGACGCUGCCCCCACGGGGAGGGACGCCCUGGGGAAACAGGUGAGGUUCGGCCCUGCGGUGGGCCAAGGUGAGCCCCAGCUAGGGGAGAUGGAGCCCCGAGAACACAGUCUGCUGGAUGUGGAUCAUGUGGUGGGUUCCCUGUCAGCGGAGGACAACAAUGAUGGUGGUACCGCGGGCGUGUGCAGGCCUUUACUUAGACAGGUGGCUGUGGGCUCUCAGGAGAUCCCUGUCGUGAUGCCAGAAGUCAGUGCACAUCAGGUCCCUGGUGAUCUAUCAGAGCAGUAUCAUGACCAGUUUCCCCAGGUGUCCAAGCCUCUUUCAACUGAGCAGGAGUCAGGUAAGGCUUCUUACCUGGAGAACGGUACUGAAGAGGAUGCUCAUUCCCAGGCCAAAGCCAGAGAAUGGUUCAAAAUGCACGCAGGAGACAACGUAACAUCACAGCCUGCUGUUGACGCCGCUUCAGAUAUCAUGCUCAACACCAUUUUGCCAAUUCCCAGAAGCAGGUUGCUUAGGACAUUUAGCAAAGCAGAAGCCAAGGACAACAAUACUAAAGAAGAGGAUUCCCUUGAGGAGAUAGCUGACGAUUCAAUAAAACCUCGGAUCUCCUCAACAUCAGCCGACAGUGUUCCAUUGGACAAUCAAAUCAACCCUGAUUGGAUCGAUGAAGAAGUAAAGUCUCCAGUGCCAAAAGAGGUCAUAUCACUGCAGCCCACAGCCUUACAAAACACAGCUUUUAAAGACAGCGACGCGUCAUCAUUAGACACAGGCUCAGAUCCACAACAGGAACCAACCGAAAGUGAAGAAGAUGUGGCACAGAAAUUAUCCAACCUCAAGGCCUUCUGGGAAAAAGAAAACAGUGGACCGAAAGUGAUCUUCACCAGAGAGCAAGCUAUGACUGAUGGCAAUAAGAAGAUCUCGGCCGAAGACAUAACUCAUGAUAACGCAGGGUCUAUAACAGAAUUGACCCAGCACCAUGGAACAGCCCAAUCUCAUGACGAGACAUUCUUUCAAGAGAAUGAAAGUGGUAACGACUUAUUCGAUUUACCUAAAGAAGAUGGCACAUAUCACGCACAUCCAAUCCUCAUCAAUGACGAGACAGAUGAUUCUCUUGCAGGAUCAGUUAAAGAUUUCCAGGAAAGCAGCCCGUCUGGUCCUGAGAUGUGUUCCCCACUACUUCCUGAAGACAAGCCCACAACCAUUACAGAUCUCAAGGGUUAUUGGGAGAAAGAUUACACCACACCAAAGAUCAUUGUUGCAAAAGUUACGGAGGCAUCAAGCGGUGCUGAUCAUUCUAGUCCAGACAAAUCAGAAGACCUCAUUAGCCAAGUAUGCCUCUCCCAACUAGACCUGAAUGAAGAGGUAGAGAACCCUAACAAUAUAGCAAGCGCUAAACCCAUGAUUGGAAAGGGCUUUGUUAAUAAGAGUUUGGGGAAAUCACAGUUGAGGAAACUCAGCCAAGAAAGUGAGUCUUCCGAAAGGCCUCUUAGUCCUAUUUUGUCUCAGUCUUCACGAUCCAGAGACUCUUCCGACGAUGAACUCAGAAGGAGUCCGUCCAAGGCUUGUCAUCCCAAGAUCCUAGUCAGGGAAUCCUCUCUGCCCAGGGGAUCUGCUGUUGAUGGUUCUCCCUUGAAAACCUUUCCGAUUGACAUUGCUCUGGAACCUAAAGACAACAAGGAAGAGGGCGAAAGGCCAACGCCAGCACCGAGGCAAAGAACAGAUCCAUCGCAUGAAGCAAAAGCAACGGUGUCGAUUAGCAUACCCAGCGAGGAUAUCAUCUCCCGAUCUCUCCCACUAUCUCCUGAGGAUUCUGAGAAGCAAACACCACCUGGAACGCCCAACCCUCUUGCUAGAUCUUUUGUUCCUGAUGAUUAUCAGCACUAUCUUGGUUCCCCCGAAAAGGCCCAUCGCCCUCCGUUUGAAGAGGAAGAGAAGAACCUUUCCAGUCCCGUUUCUGUGGGUGAUGUUAAGAGUAAGGCACGACGUCCUCUUAAACGCCAAGGGGCAACCUAUGGCAAGGCUAUGAUCGAGGGUAAUCAUUCUCGCAUCAGAUCUUGGAUUGCACAAAACGCUGGAAGCUCUUCUCACGAAGACAAAACAACCAGCGCCCAGUCCGAAUUUCGGGCAAGUUCAGGCAGUUAUGAUGAGGGUGAUUCUAGCCCUGUCGGGUCAGCCUCAAAACAGAGACAACUAUCUAUGUCCCAAAGCAUGGAGAAUCUAGGCGCACGCACAGAAGAAGACAAAGGCCAAGGCAGCUCUCUGGGACAGCUGAAUCUGAGUAUGGAUGACGUUGGGGCUGCGGUGCCGCCCGCCUCUCUCCACCCAGACCCCCUGCAGGUUCGGAGGAUGAGUAAAUCCGUGCCCGCGCUGCAGCUGGAAGAGACGGAAGACGAUGAAGACGACGACUCAUUUGGCACCAAACCCAGAAGGAGGACCACCAGCGUCGUGUCAAACCUCAGCCUCUCCUCGGGCCUGGCUUCCAUGUCCUCUGUCAGUGGCAGUAUGACCAGUAUCAGCAAUGGAGACUUCGGAGACAUUGAGGUGCAGGGCACAAUGCAGUUUGCGUUGAACUAUGUCCAGAAGCUGGGUGAAUUGCAGAUCUUCGUGGUCCAGUGCAAAGACCUGGCGCUGGCAGAACCCAAGAAGAGCCGCUCCGACCCGUAUGUCAAGUGCUACCUUGUCCCUGAUAAAACCAAGUUGGGAAAGAGAAAGACCACAGUGAAGAAGAGGACGUUGAAUCCCUCCUAUAAUGAAAUACUCAGGUUUAAGAUCCUAAUGGAAGUGCUGAGAAUGCAGAACCUCAACAUCUCCGUGUGGCACAAUGACACGUUUGGACGGAACAGCUUCCUUGGCGAGAUCAGCUUGGAUUUAUCCGAGUGGGACUUUGCAAACACCCAAAUAAACGACUAUGCACUUACACCACGGCCAUUGACACAGUUUCCCUCUCCGCUGGCUGUGCGCUCCAAGCCCACCAACAAGACGGGGCAGAUGAGGGUGGCCCUGCGCUACCUCCCCCAGCCCUCGCACGGCAAGAAGACAUCCAAGAUGGAGCCGGGUGAGGUGCAGAUCUGGGUGAAGGACUGCAAAGACCUCCCGCCUGCCCGGGGGGUCAUCAUCGACCCGUUUGUGAAAUGCACUGUGCUCCCUGACACCAGCAAGAAGAGCCGGCAGAAGACCCGCGUGGUGAAGCGGACGGCCAACCCCAUGUUCAACCACACCAUGGUGUACGAUGGCUUCCGGCCCGAGGACCUGAGAGAGGCCUGCGCCGAGAUCACGGUGUGGGACCACGAUCGGCUCAACAACCACUACAUCGGCGGCCUCAGGCUAGGUCUCGGGACAGGUAAAAGUUAUGGAGGAGAAGUAGACUGGAUGGAUUCUUCUGAACCUGAAACCAACCUAUGGGAGAAGAUGAUGGGCUCCGAGGGAGAAUGGGUGGAAGACAUUCUGCCUCUGAGAACAUUUGUGGUGGCAAAAAGCCGGGCCAAGUGAAUUUAAACUAAAUGGAAUGUUAAAAAAUACAUGUGUGGAAGCAAUAAUAUAUAUGGAACAUAACAGAUGAAACCAUUAACUGAAGACUAUAAUGUGCAUCUUGUUAAUUUGUUACACAAGGCAAAGUGAGUCAUUCCUAUGUAUGAUGCUUGCAUGAUUAACCUUCCAGUAGAGCACACACACACACACACACACACACACACACACACACACACACACACACACACACACACACACACACACACACACACACACACACACACACACACACACACACACACCAUUUGAUAUACCAUUUUUAUAUCGUCAAAUCACUUUAAUCCAGAAUCAAAACAUCACUGAUUUAUGAUCGUGAAUGAUUUGUUUAAAGACCAUUGUCAUAUACUCAUUAUUUGACCGAUGCAUGACUUCAAUAAACAGUACAUGAAAACAA